AUGGUCAAAAUUGCGUUGGCUGGCGGCUCCGGCGAUGUUGCAUCAGAGAUCAUCGAAGUACUUGUCGCCGCGAAGAAGCAUGAUAUCGUCAUGCUUUCUCGAAGUGUCAAACCCAAGCGCGAGACUACUGUGGGCGUGACAUUUGUCACUGUCAAUUACGACGAUUUGGAACAGCUGACUCAUGCGCUGAAAGGCGUUCAUACCGUACUUUCUUUCGUGUCCGAAGGCGACGACCCGACGAGUCCAGUGCAGAAGAAGCUCAUCGAUGCAGCGGUACAGGCUGGGGUGCAACGUUUUGCACCUAGCGAGUGGGCUUCAUCGAAAUUUGAUUAUCUGGAUUGGUACGCAUACAAGGGAGCAACACGCGAGUAUCUCAAAGACAUCAAUAAGGACAAGAAGGUCCUUGAGUACACACUGUUUCAGCCCGGUCUCUUCCUCAAUUACCUGACCUAUCCACACGCUUCAGCUAAACAUCUACACCUGAUGGACACGCCACUCAAUCUGAAUGAACGCCGCUUCAUAACACUUGAAGGCGGCGACGAUACCCGCAUCAAUUUCGUCACUGUGCAGGAUCUUGCUGACAUCGUCGCCAAGGCCGUCGAUUACGAAGGCGAAUGGCCGAUCAAUGGCGGUAUACAGGGUACCGAGAUCUCUAUGGGAGAUCUGAUCCUCCUAAGUGAGAAGAUCCGUGGCGGUGCCUUUGAUGUGACCAAGCUUAAGCGGUCUGACAUCCUGGCUGGGGAGUGGAAGGCUUCAUGGGCACCGGUAAUGGACCAUCCAGCUAUAAAGAAAGAAGAGCUCGAUGCUAUGUCUAAGCAUAUUGCUGGGAGGCUUCUGCUCGCUAUUGACGCUGGUGGAUAUGUGGUCAACGACAAUUGGAAUCGCCUGCUUCCGGACUAUCAAUUUACCAGGCUGGAGGGGUUUCUGAAGCAGGCAUGGGAAGGGAAACCGUAA